CCUUUUUCUGACUUUCAGCUUUGGCAACUAUAGUCCUAAAUGGCCACUUAAUCGAUAUCCAUAUAUAAACCUACCUUCCUUACUUUCUCUUUCCCUAAACCAUAUUCCUCCUAAUCCACCCCCUCCCCCUCUCCCUCCCCCCCACCAAAAAGAAAAAAGUUUCUAUGGCUUCUGUAACUGGAGAUGUUAGAUACGAUGAGGCGUUCAUCACGAAUUCCCGAGGAUUGAAGCUCUUCACAUGCAAGUGGAUCCCACUGAAUCAAGAACCAGAAGCCUUGAUCUUCAUCUGCCAUGGAUACGCCAUGGAGUGCAGCAUCACCAUGAAAAGCACGGCGUUCCGGCUGGCCAGAGCGGGGUACGCCGUUUACGGCAUGGAUUACGAAGGCCAUGGAAAAUCGGCGGGCCUUGCCGGCUACAUCAGCAGCUUUGACUCCGUCGUAGACGACUGCUCCAAUCAUUUCACCAACAUAUGCGAAAAAGAAGAGAACAAAAGAAAAAUGAGAUUUUUGUUGGGGGAAUCGAUGGGCGGAGCUGUGGCACUGCUUUUACACAGGAAGAAACCAGAGUACUGGGACGGCGCAGUGUUGGUGGCACCCAUGUGUAGGGUACGUGCCCUUAACUUAUUCUUUGGCUUCAGUCACGCCCUUUGAGGCUGUCAAAUAUUCCCCACGACCCAAUCCCGCCGUUAGGUACGAUAAGAUACUCCGCGAAAUUAACUGCACUAGUUUGCACCGAGAAAUUCAUUUUUAUCUCAAAUUGCAUUUUUUUUGGUAACCAGUUAACCACCCCCUUUCUUUCAAAUAAAGUAUGACUUUUACU